AUGAAUAUAACAGUUAAACAAUUACAGGGCGGGGAAUGCCAUUUAGAGGUAUUUCCAACCACAAAAAUAUCAGAAAUAAAACAACAUAUAGCUGCGAAGUUGAGAAUACCUAUUGAAGAGCAAAAACUAUUACUUUUAGGUCGCACACUUGCAGAUGAUCAAACAGUCGACUCAUAUCCUUCAAUUAAAGAAGGCUCAAAAUUAAAUUUAGUUGUAAAAAAACCUGAGGGCUUAUUUGAAGCUUCUAUAAAAUACUUUAAGAAAAAUGGUAUGUCAGAAGUAGAUGCAAGGAAUGCAACAAAUCAACUAUUAAAAAUAAUUGAAGAAAAAAUGAACAAACUAUCUUGGGAUGAUAUUGAAAGAUUAUGCUUAGAUUGUAUGAUGGAAGAAUGUGGAGUACCAAGGCCUGGUUCAGAUCAAGAUACAGAGAAUGAAAAUGAGGAUGCAUUUGGCUUG